AUGCCUGAUUUGAUAGAGUGGUCAGGUUUGCUGUGCCACGAUUCAUCACAUGCAGUAGUCAAGAUAUUCCCUUCUUUGGAGAUUUUAAAAGUCAAGAACUGUCCCAAAUUGGUAAGCCUGCCUGAUGGUGUUUGGCAGAACCUUAGAUGCAUUAAAGAACUAAGUAUUUCGAGUUGCGAUAGUUUAAGUCAUCUACCAAAGGACGUGGGAGGAUUGGCAUCUCUUGAGAUUCUAACAGUAAUGUAUUGCCCCAAUCUUGUUUCCAUUCCAGAUAUUCAUUCCCUACGAUCUCUAUUUCAGCUGAAUCUUGCGGGAUGCGACAACUUGCGCUCACUACCAAGUGGAAUGGAAGUCUGUACAUCAAUCUUGUUGGGCUUUAUAUUAUUGACGUGCCCUGCUAUUCAACCAGAGGAUUUGCAUCCUCUGUCGAGGAUGACUCAACUACGACGAUUGGCGCUAGGUGGUUUCUCUCAUGAUCUUGAUUAUUUCCCCUGGCCCAGCUACGCCAUUAAUCCUUGCAGAGUUACUAUUACCGAUAAUGAGAACAAAGAAUUCCAACAUCCUUUUGCCUCGUUGCGGUCUCUUGCAUUAUGGGGUUGGCAAGCAGUCACAUCUCUGCCGGAACAAAUUCAGCAUCUCUCCAACUUGGCCGAUUUAGAUAUACGGCAAUUUGACGGGAUUGAGGCUCUGCCAGAGUUCUUGGGUAGCAUCCAUUCACUCCAACAUCUGCGCAUUAGACACUGCAAAAAUCUGUUGUAUUUGCCUUCUGCUGAUGCAAUGCGUCGCCUCGCC